CGGAGGCGCAGGCGGGGCCUGCAGUAGACACCGGAACCUCAGUGGGAAAGGCGCUUGCAGACCCGGGGUCGAGGUCCCGGUUUCUCUUGACCGUUGGGAACAGUCUCUGGGAUCAGGUGCCUGGAUGGACAGUCCCCUACACACUUGGCUGAUCCCCUGACUGUUCUCUUCGAAGCUAGUGCAGCUACCAGGACUCGCUCCUCUUGAUUGCCCAGGUUCCCCUGGACUGAGCUUAGCAUCUUUGUGGGAUCAGAGUUCUGGUCCAUGUGAAGUUUCCCGGGCCCCUCCCCCAUCAUAGCAGGGACCACUGUCCUGAUCAUGGACCCAGAAUGCUCCAAGCUCCUCCCGGCUCUCUGUGCUGUUCUGGCAGAUCCCAGGCAGCUGGUGGCAGAUGACACCUGCUUGGAGAAACUGCUGGAUUGGUUUAAAACAGUGAUGGAGACAGAGUCCAGCCUCCAUCUGCUGCAGGACCACCCCUGCCUAAUGGAGCUACUGUCCCAUGUGCUGAAAACACAGGAUGUGAGCCCUAGGGUCCUCUCCUUUGUUCUACGCCUUGUUGGCAUCUUUGCAGCCCAGGAGGACUGUUUCCAGUACCUUCAGCAGGGGGAGUUGUUGCUGGGGCUCUUUGGAGAGACAGGUGCCCUUAGCUGGACAGCCUGGAACAUGCCCAGCGUACGCAGUGGCUGGAUCCAGGGCUUGUGCUCCCUGGCACACCACCCCAGCGCCCUGCACUUCCUGGCUGACAGUGGUGCUGUGGACACGAUCUUCGCCUUGCAGGGAGACCCCAGCCUGUUUGUGGCCUCUGCAGCCAGCCAGCUCCUAGUACACAUCCUGGCUUUAGCCAUGCAAGGUGGGGCUUCAGGGUCCCCCAUCUCAGAAGCUGCUGCCUGGCCUAUCUGUGCCCAGAAGAUUGUGAACCACGUGGAAGAGUCCUUGCAUUCCAAAGCCACCCCACAGGUCACACAGGCCUUGAAUGUACUGACCACCACCUUUGGGCGCUGCCAUAGCCCCUGGACAGGGGUCCUCUGGGGGCGACUGAGUCCCCCUGUUGCCUGCCUGUUUGAGAGAGACCCCAUUCCAGCUGUACAUUCGCUCAUGGACCUCCUGCUCAGCGUAGCCAGGUCCCAUGUGUUGAAUUUUGCAGCCUGUGGUCUGUGGGAGAUGCUGGCCCAGACUCUGAGCCGCCUGAGUCCCACACAAGCUGGGCCUCUAGCCUUGGGGACCCUGAAACUUCAGCAUUGUCCCCAGGAACUGAGAACCCAGGCCUUUGGAGUCCUCCUCCAGCCUCUGGCCUGUAUCCUGAAAGCUACCACUCAGGCCCCUGGACCUCCAGGCUUGCUGGACGGGACUGCUGGUAGCUCGCUGACUGUGGAUGCUCUCUUGUCAUCUAAGUCGGCCUGUGUGGGACUCCUCUGCCAGACCCUGGCUCACUUAGAGGAGCUACAGAUGCUGCCCCAGUGCCCCUGCCCCUGGCCCCAGGUGCCCCUCCUGGGAGCUACAGUGACCAUAUUGCGUCUCUGUGAUGGCUCAGUGGACCCCAGCUCCAGUAUGGGAGGCCGUCUUUGUGGGACUCUAGGAGGCUGUGUUCGUGUCCAGAGAGCAGCCCUUGACUUCUUGGGGACACUGUCUCAGGGAACAAGCCCCCUGGAGUUGGUGCUGGAGGUCUUUGCAGUCCUCCUCAAGACCCUUGAGAGCCCGGAAUCCAGCCCCACGGUCCUGAAAAAGGCCUUCCAGGCCACACUCAGAUGGCUCCAGAACUCACACAAGACUCCCAACUGCUCCGAUCUCAGCCCUGAUGCCCUGCUGUUCCUUGGAGAGCUAUUCCCCAUACUACAGAAGCGCCUGUGCAGUCCUUGUUGGGAGGUGAGGGACUCAGCCCUGGAGUUCCUGACACAUCUUAUCCGACACUGGGGAGGACAGGCUGACUUCAGGGAGGCACUACAUUCCUCAGAAGUGCCCACGCUUGCCCGCCAGCUCCUCCAAGACCCCGAGAGUUAUGUCCGAGCAAGUGCGGUGGGCACUGCUGGGCAGCUCUCUAGCCGGGGUCUGCAGGCCACUUCUGCCAGCCCUGAGAACCCACUGGCCCAGCAGGGCCUACUUAUGGACCUCAUGCAUAUCCUGUCUACGGACUCAGAGGGCUUCCCUCGGAGGGCUGUCUUACGGGUCUUUACUGAGUGGCUGAGGGAUGGCCAUGCUGAUGUGAUUCGAGACACAGAGUGGUUUGUGGCCACUGUGCUCCAGGCAGUGAGCCGGGAUCUGGACUGGGAGGUCCGAAUGCAGGGUUUGGAGCUGGCACAGGUGUUCCUCAUCCAGGCAAUGGGGCAGCCCAGCCUCCACUGUCCCUAUACAGUGGGCCUUCCUGAGGCCACCUCUCCCAGACCACACCCAGAAUUCUUGCAAACUCUCUGCCGUCUGCCACUGUUUGAGUUUGCCUUUUGUGCCUUGCUUGACUGUGACCGACCAGUGGCCCAGAAGGCCUGUGACUUGCUCCUCUUCCUGAGGGACAAGACAACUCACUGCAGUGGCCCCCAGGAGGCUGGGGACAGCCCCAACUCUGCCUCUGUGGAGGCUGUCCUGCAGAGGUGGCGGGAGGGUGAGCAGGGCCAGCCCCUGGGGGACCUGGAGCCUGAGGCCAUGCUAGCUAUCCUUCGGUCCCUAGACCUGGAGGGCCUGCAGGGCAAGCUGGCCAAGAGCAGUGACCAUGUGGAGAAGAGCCCACAGUCCCUACUGCAGGACAUGCUGGCGACGGUGGGUAUAUUAGAGGAGAAUGAAGCUGACUGCUACUGAGGCUGUGUCCCCAUCCUCUAUCCCUUGCCAGCAGAAAGACUCCAGCCCAGGCCAGCUGCUUAUAAGACCCUCCAGGAUCAAAGUUCCAACAUUUUAAGCUGGGUAUGAUAACACAGUUGUGGUUCCAGAGUUUUAAAGGCCAAGGGAGGAGAAUGUAGAGUUCCUGGCCAGAUUGGUCUAGAUAGCAAUCCUAUCUCAAAAAAAGAAGAAAUCAAGUCAAAACAAAAACUCUUUUGUGUACGUGUGCAUGCAGACGAGAGGUCAGUCUCAGGUGUCAUUCCUUAGGUGCUGUCCACCUUGUUUUUUGAGAACAAGUCUUUCACUGGGACUUGGUUCUCACUGAUGAAGCUUGCCAGUGAGCUCCAGGGAUCCUGAUACCACCCCACCCCCCAGCACUGGGAUUAUAAUACUGCAUCACCAUACCUGGGUUUUUACAUGGGUGCUGGCAUUUGAACUCAGGUCCUCACGCUUGCACGGCAAGCACUUUGUCCACUGAGCCAUGUCCCCAGGUCCCACGGAAUCUUACCUUUUGGUGUAUUAAAGAAGUGGCUUGUUUUCUGCUCAGAACAAGCAGCAUUGAAGCCUAUAAUUCUUUAAGUUAAUUUUGUAUAUGAUUUAACAGGGUUCCACUGGUGUUCUUUUAUACAUGGCCAUUCAUCUCUCUCUAUUCCAUCCAAUGAACAAGGUUUAAAAGCCCCAUAAUCUUUAAAUCAAAUACUAGCCAGGCCAUUGUGGCACACACCUUUAAUCCCAGAACUUGGGGGGCAGAGACAGGUGGACCUCCGAGUUCAAGGUCAGCCUGGUUUACAAAGUGAGUUCCAGAACAGCCAAGCUACUUGGAGAAACCCUGUCUUGGA